AUGCAGCACGCUUCUACACAGGACAGUAAGGUCUACGACUCCCAGGAUGACAGCGGCGAUGAUUUAUUUGGUGAAUACGAUACCGUAGCCACUGUACCCCUGGGCGCUGAACAAACAUCACAAAAGACGCAAGCGCCAGACCGACCGCCGUCUCCUGGGUAUGUGACCCAACCAACACAGCCUCUCCGUCCUAUUCCGGAUACGGCCAACAAAACGGCCGACAAAAACCCUUCAGACGUUCAGGUAGUGGCCUCCUCUCCUGUACACGCACCAGCAUCGAGCUCGCCGGUUGCGCCGCGACCACCAUCACAUUUGGGCGGCGUUCUCGCAAGCUCAAUGGCGCCUGCAGGUACGGCAUUCCGCAUGCCUAUGGGUGUGGCAAGAGCUCCGCCACAGCAAAAAGUCAUACAUUUGAGCGACGACGACGACGGCCCAAGAUAUCGAGGUGGCUCGUCUUCAGAGGACGAUGCGGAUACUGAUAGGCGUGCCGACAUCAAACCAUCGACUUUUGGACGCAGCGGCAGAAAUGUCAGCGGGAGCGACCUUGACAGGAUUGAGGAAUCCCCCCAGGCUGGCAUGCACAAAUUCCGCGAAAUAAUGUCCAGCUCCGUUUACGAUCCGGCAGCAAAGGGUCACGGCUCUGCAUUGUCUGGGUCUGUGUUCGACGCUCGGAAUCGGGACGAAAGGACUUCGUCGACCUUCGCAACGCCGGCGAAGCGCUCUGCGGAUGUCAUGGCCAACUCAUAUGGAAAUGCUCGUCCACCGAAGCAAGCGCGGCAAAAUGGACCUUCAAAAGCGCUGCCAAUUGACGAUAUCCCUCUGGAUUCAAUUGCUGAUUAUGGAAUGCGCAUGAAGAUACAGAAGAUGCGCAAUGUUCUUCCCUCGGCAUCGGUUUCGGCCUGUCGAAACGCUUUAAUCGUGAAGAGGGGAAAUUUCGACGAUGCCAUGGAUGCCAUUGUUGCUCUCGAAGAGCGCAAACAAGCAGUCGAUUUGACAGGUUCGGACGAUGAGCUUUCCCAGGACACUACAACGCCUGUUGCCAAAAAGAGCACUGCACGAAGACAAGUCAAGGCUCCUCUGCGAUCGAUUCAGGAUAAAUGGUCUUCAACACAAGCCCUUGCCAAGCAGGAUUCCCCACAGAAGCCUGCUUCGACAACGCCGCCGAAACCAAGAAGAAAGCUCGUGCAGGGUAGGAAGCAACCUUCGCUGCCCUCAUCGCCAGCGAAAGAGGAUCCGAAGCCCCAAUCAUCGCGUCGCCCUCGCUCGCCGAGUUAUUCUGACGAUGAUUCGGAUUCAGGGGUUGCGGAACUUUCAGAAGAGGAUACUGUGACUGAAGGCAAGGUUCUCAAGUUCUUCAACACCUGUACGGUCAAGGACCUCUCAGACAUUUCCAAUCAAACGGAAAAGGUUGCUGGAACAAUAUUGGCCCAAAGACCCUUUUCCAAUCUCGACGAAGUUCGGCAGAUAUCGAGCGAAACGACAACGACAACCAAGACUGGUAAACGCCGGACAACGAAAAAGACCAUUGGCGACAAAGUCGUGGACAUUUGUCUUGAAAUGUGGACAGGCUACGAAGCUGUGGACGAACUCGUCUCAAAGUGCGAGUCACUGGGGAAGCCAGUCGCUGAGGAGAUGGCGAAAUGGGGCUUUGACGUUUUUGGCGCAGCUAAGGAGGGGGAACUCAGCAUGACGUCCAUGGAUGGUUCCAAGGACGAUUCAAAAUCAGUGCGUGAUUCUGGUGUCGGCACUCCAAGCGGGGCCUCAUCUUCUGGAGAACUGGAUGGCGAUGACGCCGACGUGAAGAUUGUUGGAGUGGGAAGAAAGAAGAACAAAUUCAUCCAACAGCCUUCUGUGAUGCCCGCAAAUAUCGUCAUGAAAGAUUACCAGAUUGUUGGUCUGAAUUGGCUGGCCUUGUUGUAUGAGAAGAAGCUGAGUUGUAUUCUUGCCGAUGAGAUGGGGUUGGGCAAAACAUGCCAGGUCAUCUCUUUCGUUGCACAUUUGUAUGAGAAGGGCAUCACAGGACCUCAUCUGGUUGUUGUUCCAGGGUCUACACUCGAAAACUGGUUGAAGGAGUUUGCAAUGUUUUGCCCAGAACUUGUUGUGGAACCAUACUACGGUGCACAGGCUGAACGCAUUGAAAUCCGGGACCGAAUUGAGAGCAAUCGUGACAAGAUCAAUGUGAUUGUAACCACCUAUGACAUGGCGACCAACAAGAUCGAUAGCAAGUUUCUUCGAAAUCAACGGCCAGUGGUCUGCGUCUACGACGAAGGUCAUUUGCUUAAGAACAGCCAAUCGAACCGUUAUGUCCAAUUGAUGCGUAUCCCAGCACAAUUCCGGCUCCUUUUGACCGGAACUCCUUUACAAAAUAAUCUCGAAGAGCUCGCGUCCCUUCUCGGCUUUAUCCUACCAUUCGUUUUCAACGACCGGUCUGAAGAUCUCAAAUACAUUUUCAAACACAAGGCCAAAACCAAGGAUGAAUCGCAAAGCCAUGCCGCACUUCUUUCGGCCCAACGCAUCGCCCGUGCCAAGUCCAUGAUGGCACCCUUUGUUCUUCGCCGCAAAAAGCACCAAGUCCUCAAGCAUCUCCCUAGCAAAACCUGCCGGGUCGAAUUCUGCGAUCUUUUACCUUCCCAAGCGAGCAUCUACUCUGCUGAACAAGACCGCGUGCGCGCCGUCAUGGCCGCUCGGGCGGCGGGCGAGAAACUCGACCAAGACAGCUCCAACAACAAUAUCAUGAUGCAGCUUCGCAAAGCAGCCAUCCACCCGCUCCUCUUCCGACGAAUCUACGAAGACUCCAAAAUCCGCAAAAUGUCGCGCGAGUGUAUCCGCGAAGACAAGCUGGUCGACAGUGACCCGGAUAUCAUCUACGAAGAAAUGCAGUAUAUGGCAGACUUUCAACUCCAUCGUCUAUGCGAAGAAUACCCAACCACGCUCGGCAAAUAUGCGCUCCAAAAGGACGAAUGGAUGGAUUCCGGCAAAGUCGCAAAACUCGCUCAACUACUCAAAUCUUACACUUCCCAGCCCGAUGCCAACGGGGACAAGAAUCGCAUUCUGCUCUUUUCGCAGUUCACUGUCGUUUUGGAUAUCCUCGAACAAGUCCUCGCCACACUCAGUCUUGACUUUUUCCGUCUCGAUGGCUCAACCCCCAUCUCAGAACGCCAAACCAUGAUUGAUGAAUUCUACGAAUCGGACGAUAUCCCGGUCUUCAUGCUCUCCACCAAAGCAGGUGGUUCGGGCAUAAACCUCGCUUGUGCAAACAAAGUCAUCAUCUUCGAUUCCUCGUUUAAUCCCCAGGAAGACAUCCAGGCGGAAAACCGAGCCCAUCGCGUUGGCCAGAAACGUGAAGUCGACGUCGUCAGGCUCGUCACGAAUGAUACGAUUGAAGUCCAGAUUCAUGCGCUCGGCGAGACGAAGCUCGCCUUGGAUGACAGAGUCAGCGGCUACGGUGCGGAAGAAAAGGAGGUCCGUGAGGCAGAGACCCAGGGCGAGAAAGAGGUCGAGAAAAUGCUGUUUGGUGGCAGUGCCGCUGCGAAGCUUAACGGGGAUGACAAAAUCACCUAA